UUGUUAUACCACGUCAUAAGGUUGCGCGCGUUCUGCAUUGAGUAAAACGUGAGAUGAUGCUGUGAUAGGUUAAGUUUGAGUUAAAGUACUAUUUACAAGCUGUCAAAAUGAGGGAUACUCCGCUGUCAAACUGCGAGAGGCUUUUUCUCCUUAAAGCAAUAGAAGAGAAAAAACGUUUAGAUGGCAGACAGACAUACGAUUACCGGAAUAUUAAAAUCACAUUUGGAACAGAUUAUGGCUGCUGUAUCGUGGAGCUUGGAAAAACAAGAGUUCUGUGUCAGGUGUCCUGUGAGUUGGUCCCUCCAAAAGAUUCACGUCCCACAGAAGGCCUUGUGCUUUUUAAUUUGGAGCUGUCUCCUAUGGCAUCACCUGCCUUUGAGCCAAACAGGCAGUCGGAGCUGUUGGUAACAUUGAACAGACAGCUUGAGCGAUGUCUUAGGAAUUCAAAAUGUGUGGACACUGAGUCUCUCUGUAUUAUUUCGGGAGAAAAAGUUUGGCAGAUACGGGUUGACGUGCAUGUGUUAAAUCAUGAUGGAAAUCUAUUGGAUGCUGCAAGUAUUGCUGCCAUAUCUGCACUUUCACAUUUUAGACGUCCAGACGCUAGUGUUCUGGGACGAGACAUCACUGUGUACAGUCCAGAGGAGAGGGAUCCUAUUCCACUGUCCAUUUAUCACAUGCCCAUCUGUGUCAGUUUUGCUUUCUUCCUGCAGGGGUCUUAUUUGCUCGUGGACCCUUGUGAACGAGAGGAGCGGGUGAUGGAUGGAUUACUGGUAUUAGCUAUGAACAAACACCGAGAGAUUUGCUCAAUUCAGUCCAGUGGAGGGAUCAUGCUCCUAAAAGAUCAGGUUUUAAGGUGCAGCAAAAUAGCAAGUGUCAAGGUGUCUGAAAUUACAGAGCUCAUCAACAAAGCCUUGAAAAAUGACAAAAAAGUCAGAAAAGAGGGGGGAAAGUUUGGCUUUGCUGAGUCCAUGCCCAAAGACCGAAUUACGACCCUUAAAAGAGAUGAAACUCCGGUGGAGAUGGCAGACGUUAAUGAGACAGCUGAAGAGAUUUUGAACAGAACGGAAACAACCACAGAACCUGUGCCCUCUCCUGUUCUUUGUGCCACGGGAACUGCACAGGUAGGUGAGGGUGUUGUAAACUCAUGGGGACUCGAAGAAGAAGAGGACGAGGAGGAUGAGCAUCAGAUGACCGAGGACAGAAAAACAGCAGAUGAUGUGAUGGUAAUCUCCGACAGUGAAGAGGAAGAAGUUAUCAUUCUUAAUCAGGAACCCCAGAAAUUGAAGAAGAGAGGUAAACAAAAAUGAACGCUUGGCUGAAGAGGAAAGAAUGAACAUAAGUGAAUGGUGUUUAUCAAUGACUCCCAUACCACAUUAAUAAAACAGUUUUUUUCUUUUUGUAUAAUAAAAUAAAUAAACAUUAAA